CGCAGAGCGGUGGCGUGGCGCGUGCGCAGGGUGGGCGGGGGCGGCGUUUCCUGGCGUCUUAGGGGUCCUCGUCUGGGUGAUGGAUUUUGAGAAUCUUUUCUCCAAACCGCCCAACCCGGCCCUCGGCAAAAAACCGGCCACGGACCCUGAGGAAAGAAUUGAUGAUGAAAUAGAUGACACAGAAGUUGAAGAAACACAAGAGAACAAAAUAUGGGAAGUAAAUGUGGAAUGUGAGCAAAUUCCCAAAAAGUUUAGGCACUCGAGAAACUCUGCAACAUUAAGGAAGAGUUUGCUCCACAGAAAGUCAAGAAGUAGGGACUAUGACAUAUACAGCGAUGAUGAUCUCUGCAGUCGGGAAUCAGAGGAUACUUUUGCUGAGGAACUUAAGCAGUAUAUACAAGCUAAAGAAAUGGCAAAUACUACUCAGCCCUUACCGCUUCCUGAAGGAUCUGUGAAGAAAGAGGGGGUGAGAAACACACAGCAGGCUGGUAAACAAAAGAGUAAAAAUCAUAAAGCUGCUCACAAAAAUGGUAAACAGAAGAAAACGAAGCGAAAAUGGUCUGGCACUGGAAACAAAGGAUCAAGUGCUCUCCCAAGGAAAACCGGCUUAGGGAACCAGGAUGAUAAACCUAAGGAGCAAGGUGUGAAAAUGAGCCAGGGAUUCAUCAACCAACAUACAGUAGAACGCAAAGGAAAACAAAUUUGUAAAUAUUUUCUUGAAAGGAAAUGUAUUAAGGGUGACCAGUGUAAAUUUGAUCAUGAUGCAGAGAUAGAGAAGAAAAAGGAAAUGUGUAAGUUUUAUGUACAGGGAUAUUGUACCAGAGGUGAAAACUGUCUGUAUUUGCAUAAUGAAUAUCCAUGCAAGUUUUACCAUACAGGAACAAAAUGCUAUCAGGGAGAAUACUGCAAGUUUUCUCAUGCCCCACUGACCGCUGAAACACAAGAACUGCUGGAGAGAGUUUUGGAUACUGAAAAAAAGUCAUCAUGUAAAUAAGAAGACAUCAAGAGGUUUCCUGACUUCCUGCACAUUGUCUCGGUUCACUGGCUAGUAUCUGAUAGCUGUCACCAUUGGGAGUUACAGUCAAGGUACGAGAUGAAUGGUGUCCUGACCUCCAGAGAUGGAAUGUAUGCAUUCUGGGGUUAAGAAUAUAGUCCUGUUCGGUGGUGAAGAAUAUAAUGUUUUGUCUUAGUCUUUCAGGAAUGCUGCUAUUUAUAUUGGUCUUUUAAAAAAAUAGUUUGCAGUGCACAUUCAUCUUUUGAUGUUGAUUCUGUUUUAGAAUCUUUAUUUUCCCACACAUUUAUUUAGAAGUCUGCUCCUGUAUCCUGCUUCAGGAAAUUUUGAAGCUAACUUUCAUGGAACACCUAUUCUAUGCCAAGCUUUUUAGUAACUUUCUGCAUUAUUCAUGUAAUUCUCAGUCCUGUGAGGAUAACUUUUAUCUUGUGCAUUUUACAGAGGACAGAAGCAGGUGCAAACAGAGAGACAGACUAACCUUGUCCAUUGUCAUGUAGGAGAAACAAGAUGCCCAUUCAUAAAUACAGCAUUAGCCAAGUUUAUUAUUGGGAGAUAAUCCCUUAAUGCAUCCAGGUAGCCCGCAAGUGGCUACAAAGCUGGAGUGGCUUUUUCAGCUUUGUUUAUAUGGCAUUAAACCUGCAGAUGUUGUACAUCAUCCUACUUUUAAUAAACAGGCAGCAGUUUUGUUUGCAUUAGUAGUCACGUUAAGCUUACUCUGAAGUCCUAGUCCUUGUAAUCUUCAUCAGAGCCUUCACCAGCCCCCUGAUGGGCAUCUGUCACAUGCCUGAGUAAGGUUACUUGAAACCCCGUCUCCAGCAGCGCAUGGCUGGUAGGUGCUAGAGGCAGACUCUGGGUGGGAGUGGGAACACUCGAGGAUCUUUCUCACUUGUGCGACUCUUCAACAAAGGAACCAGGCAGAUCAUCCAGUUACUAAUCCUGCGAGUUUUCCCACCCUCACCUGAGACCCAGGGUAUGUAUGAGGCAGCUGGCUUUCCUGUUACUUCAGGCUUUUUAGAGCAUGUGGUGGGUGGAUGUAAUAAAAUCAGGUGUCCUAAGUAUCAAGAAAUUUUCACUAAUGGAUAGGACUUCGCAGAAAAAUGUGUGUAAGAUACCCUUAAAGGAUUGAAGCUCUGACUAGUUCCCAUGUGCUCUUUUUAACAUCCUAAAUCAAUCAGAGAGUUAAAGAAUUAAAAAUAUAAAAUGAUAGACAAUUGGCACACUUUUCUGGAGAGCAGCUUUAGAAUAUGUCUCAAAAAUCCUAAAGCUAUGCAUUACCUUUGGCUUAGCAAUUUUCCUUUUAGGAAAAUUGUGUAUAUAAGAUGUUUAUAGUGGCAUCUGUUUAUUACAGGAAAAAACCUUCCGGGUGAUGGGCCCUAAAUGUGAAAUAGUGCAGGACUGGUAUGUAACUACUUUAGUCACACUCUGUGGUUGCUGUGAAGGAUACAGUCAGGAAUGUUCACAGUGAACAUUUAUAAAACAGGACACAUAUACGUACACAUACUUACAUGGGAAAAUUUUCUGAAUGAUAAAUUCCCUAGUAUUGAGACUAUGGACUUUUUUGUGUGUGUUUCUUUCAGUUUAUCCUAAUUUCCUCCAAUGAAUAUGUGAUUUUUUGUAACUACAGUUUGUAAUUUUUUAAAAAUAAUGAAAUUUGGCCUUACCUCUAAGUUAAUUCAAUAAAAGUUGAUUUGCCACAGUUACUAAUUUAAAUUCCUGAAAAACAGUAGUUCAUUCAGGAGCAGAUGGCCCAAAGCUUGUUAUGACAUGAACACUGCUGUCUUUAUACCCUGAGCCAGGGCUCUGGAGAGCAUGGAGUUACUUCAGCAUUUGAAAAGCAAAGGAAAUAGAACAGAAUUCACAAAUCAAAAAUCAUCACCAGGUAACCAGCCAGUCUGUAUGACCCAGGGCUUCAGACUGCAUGUCCUCAGUUCAACACAUUUCAUUCAGCCAAGCUGACAAGAAUUUAUACAAGUAGCUAACAGACUAGAAGUGAAUUCUGGUUUCAUCAGCUCUAAGGAAAAAUUAUACUAAAUCAAUAUUAAAUGGUUAAUCUGGCAUUUUUCUUAAAACGAAAUGCUCCAACACAAAGUGCACAAACAUACACAUCAUGGGUAUCCCAGAAGGAGAAGAGAAGGGAAAAGAGCCAGAAAGAAUAUUAGAGGAAAUAAUGGCUGAAAAUUUCCCAGCCCU